AUGAAUCAACGAAAAACUGCUGCUGUUCGAACACCAGCCGGAUGUGCAACACCGUUUGAGGUGGUAACUGGAGUAAGACAAGAAACAGUGGUAGGGCCCUUCCUGUUCAACUUCGCUAUCGACGACAUUAUGCGAAGAACAGUAGAUCAGUGUCCUGCCGAUAUCAUUCUAGCACCAUCGGGACGCUCCUUGACCGAUCUCGAGUACGCUGACGAUGUUGUUAUAUUCGCGGAGAGCAGCACGAAACUUCAACAUGCUGUCAAACUCGUAUCGAAGAUGGCUGCAGCCUAUGGACUACGUCUUCGCCCUGAUAAAUGCAAACAGAUGUGGAUCUCUGCGAGAUCUCGAAUAGGAAUCAGGGUGGACGGACAACCAAACCAAAAGACAACAAAAUGCCUGUGGUCGACCGCCAUCAGCAACGAAGUCAAGCUUCGAGUCUACCUGUCCGCAAAUCGCCCCAUCAUGAUGUACGGAUCGGAGACUUGGGCAGCACCAUCUACGGUGAUGGAGAGGGUUGACUGCACGGAAUGA